AUGCGCACUGCCGGGAACAGCAGGGCCCAGGUGGGCGGUGCCCUGGGGAGAAAGGGUGGCAUUAAGUGGCAGCUCUUGCCCGUGGGGAGGACCGUGUCGGUGGCACAUUUUUCGGUGGACAGCUUAGCCGACUUCCGUGCGGAGGAAAAUCUUGCGGAGCGGCUCGUGCCCUCGCACUGUGACGGCGAGAGUUUUCGCUGUGCGGACGGCCGCUGCAUUCCUGCCUCCUGGAGGUGCGACGGGACCAAGGACUGUUUCGAUGACUCUGAUGAGAUUGGCUGCCCUCCCGCUUCUUGCCGGCCGGGCUAUUUCCAGUGUCACAAUAAAGAGCAAUGCAUCCCUAACUCCUGGGUGUGUGACCAUGAGCAGGACUGUGAGGAUGGCUCAGAUGAACAUCAGCAUUGCCCUGGGACAACAUGCUCAAGCCAUCAGAUGACAUGCUCCAGUGGUGAAUGUAUCCCAGUCGAAUACAGGUGCGACCACGUCAGAGACUGCUCAGAUGGAACUGACGAGAAAGACUGCCGAUACCCAACAUGUGAGCAGCUUACUUGUGCCAACGGAGCCUGCUAUAACAUUAGUCAGAGAUGUGAUCAUAAAGUUGACUGCAGGGACUUCUCCGAUGAAGACAACUGCACUGAAGUAUGUUCCCGCCACCAGUUUCAGUGUGGCAGCGGCGAGUGCCUCUCUCAUGACUACGUCUGUGACCAUAUCCCAGACUGUGAAGAUGGCAGUGAUGAACAUUCUUGCAACUACGCGACCUGCAGAGGCAAUCAGUUCACGUGCCCCAAUGGCCACUGCAUUAAUCAAAACUGGGUCUGUGAUGGAGAAGAUGACUGCACAGAUAAUGGAGAUGAAGAUGGAUGUGAAAGCAGCCCUCAUCAUUUUCAUCAAUGCUACCCAGGUGAAUGGGCUUGUCCAAAGUCUGGAAAAUGCAUCCCAAUUACAAAAGUCUGUGAUGGAACUUUCGAUUGUCCAUCAGGAGAAGAUGAAGGCAAUGCCACUGUACAACGACAUUGUGAUGUGACUUUGUGUCCUUUAUUGGGCUGUGAGUAUCAAUGCCACAUUGCACCAUAUGGAGGGGCGUGUUAUUGUCCUCCAGGUUAUGUCGUCGACCAAAAUAACACCCGUAAAUGUGUCGAUUUUGACGAUUGCCACGUAUGGGGAGUUUGUGACCAGAUGUGCGAAGAUCGAAUUGGCCAUCACCAGUGCCACUGUGCAGAAGGGUAUAUCUUGGAGCAUGAGCGGCAUUGCAAAGCUAAUACUUCCUCUGGUGAGGCCUCUGUUAUCUUCUCCAAUGGUCGAGAUUUGCUAAUUGGUGAUAUACAUGGAAGAUCCUUUCAGGUUCUGGUAGAGUCUCAAAAUCGUGGAGUGGCUGUGGGUGUGGAUUUUCACUAUCACCUACAAAGAGUCUUUUGGACUGACACCAUGCUAGAUAAGGUUUUUUCAGUUAAUAUUAAUGGUUUAGAUAUCCAAGAAAUUCUCAAUGUUUCUAUUGAUGAUCCAGAGAAUCUGGCUGUGGACUGGAUUAAUAAUAAACUUUAUAUGGUGGAGACCAAGGUCAACCGCAUAGAUAUGGCCAAUUUGAAUGGAAGCCACCGAGUUAUUCUUAUUACUGAAAACUUGGGGCAUCCUAGAGGAAUUGCCCUUGACCCAACUGUGGGUUAUUUAUUUUUCUCAGAUUUGGAGAGCCUUUCUGGGGGGCCUACAGUGGAAAGGGCUUUCAUGGAUGGCAGUAACCGUAAAGAUUUAGUAAAAACAAAGCUGGGAUUCCCUGCUGGGAUAACUCUGGACAUGAUAUCAAAGCGUGUUUACUGGGUUGAUUCCCGGUUUGAUUACAUUGAGACUGUAACUUACGAUGGAACUCAAAGGAAGACCGUGCUUCAUGGGGGCUCACUCAUUCCCCAUCCCUUUGGAAUAAGCUUGUUUGAAGAUAGUGUGUUCUUUACGGACUGGACAAAGAUGGCUGUGAUGAAGGCAAACAAGUUCACAGAGACCAACCCACAAGUGUACUACCAGUCUUCCUUGAGGCCCUUUGGAGUGACUGUUUACCACUCCCUCAGGCAGCCCAGUGCUAGCAAUCCCUGCGGAGAUAACAAUGGGGGCUGUGAGCAGGUCUGCGUCCUCAGUCACAGAACCGACAACGGCGGCCUGGGCUACCGCUGCAAGUGCACCUUUGGCUUCAACCUGGAUGCGGAUGGCCACCGCUGCGCUGCUGUUAAGCAAUUCCUGAUCUUUUCAUCUGAAGUGGCUGUUCGUGGGAUCCCAUUUAACAUCUCUACCCAGGAAGAUGUCAUGAUUCCAGUGACAGGAAACCCUUCUUUCUUUGUUGGAAUUGAUUUUGAUGCCCAGGAGAAAACUCUCUUUUUUUCAGACACAUCAGUAGACAUGAUUUAUAAACAAAAGAUGGAUGGCACAGGAAAAGAAAUUCUCAUAGCGAACAGGGUGGAAAGUGUUGAAAGUUUGACUUUUGACUGGAUUUCAAAGAACCUCUAUUGGACAGACCUUUCCUAUAGGAGCGUCAGUGUCAUGAGGCUAGCUGAUAAAUCACGACGUGAGAUAGUCCAGAAUUUAAAUAACCCACGAGCAAUCGUAGUUCAUCCUAUUGCUGGGUAUAUAUUCUUUACUGAUUGGUUCCGCCCUGCUAAAAUUAUGAGAGCAUGGGGUGAUGGAUCUAACCUUUUGCCUAUAGUAAAUACUACUCUUGGAUGGCCCAAUGGAUUGGCCAUUGAUUGGGGUGCUUUACGAUUGUACUGGGUAGAUGCCUUAUUUGAUAAAAUUGAGCACAGCACCUUUGAUGGUUUAGAUAGAAGAGUCCUGGGCCAUAUACAGCAGAUGACACAUCCAUUUGGACUUACCGUCUUUCAGGAUUAUGUAUUUUUCACUGACUGGAGACUGGGUGCUAUUGUUCGAGUCAGGAAAACAGAUGGUGGAGACAUGACAGUUAUCAGAAGUGGCAUCAGUAAUAUAAUGCAUGUGAAAUCAUAUGAUGACAAUAUCCAGAUUGGUUCUAACUAUUGUAACCGACCCACUCAUCCGAAUGGCGACUGCAGCCACUUCUGCUUCCCAGUGCCAAAUUUUCAGCGGGUGUGUGGUUGUCCCUAUGGAAUGAGCCUGACUUCCAAUCACUUGACGUGCAUGGAAGACCCGGCCCAUGAACCACCCCUGGAGCAGUGUGGCUCCUUUUCCUUCCCAUGCACCAACGGCAGAUGUGUGCCCAGCUACUACCGCUGUGAUGGAAUUGAUGACUGUCAUGAUAACAGCGAUGAACAUCUAUGUGGCACAUUUAAUAAUUCCUGUGCACCUUCAGCGUUCACCUGUGGCCAUGGGGGAGAGUGCAUCCCUGCACAGUGGCGCUGUGACAGGCACAAUGACUGUGUGGAUGGCAGUGAUGAGCAGAACUGCCCCACCCGGCCACACAUUUCCUGCCCUGCAUCUUUCUUCACCUGUGAUAAUAACCUCUGUAUCUCAAGGAACUGGCUCUGUGACACAGAUAAUGAUUGUGGGGAUGGAUCUGAUGAAAAGGACUGCAACUUUACAGCAACCUGCCAACCUAGUCAGUUUCAUUGCCCUGACCAUCGGUGUAUUGACCUGUUUUAUGUCUGUGAUGGGGACAAGGACUGUGUUGAUGGAUCUGAUGAGAACGGUUGUGUAAUUAAUUGCACUGCUUCUCAAUUCAAAUGUGCCAGUGAGGAUAAGUGUAUUAGCAACACAUAUCAUUGUGAUGGUGUUUUUGACUGCAGUGACCACUCUGAUGAGAAAGACUGUCCAACCAGGCCUCCUGGUAUGUGCCAUCCAGAUGAAUUUCAGUGCCAAUCAGAUGGUCUCUGCAUCCCGGGGAACUGGGAGUGUGAUGGGCACCCAGACUGCAUCCAUGGAUCUGAUGAGCACAAUGGCUGUGUGCUCAAGACCUGCUCUCCAUCUCAUUUCCAUUGUGACAAUGGAAACUGCAUCUACAGAGAGUGGGUCUGCGACGGGGACAAUGACUGCAGGGAUAUGAGUGAUGAGAAGGACUGCCCUACUCAAGCCUUUUACUGUCCCAGUUGGCAAUGGCAAUGCCCUGGCCAUAGCAUCUGUGUGAAUCUGAGUGCAGUAUGUGAUGGCAUCUCUGACUGCCCCAAUGGGACAGAUGAGUCCCCACUUUGCAACCAGGAGAGCUGCUCAAAUUUAAAUGCUGGUUGUACUCACCAGUGUGUUCAAGGGCCCUUUGGGGCUCAGUGCAUAUGUCCAGAGGGAUACCUGCUUGCCAAUGAUUCUAAGACCUGUGAAGACAUAGAUGAAUGUGACAUUCCAGGCUUCUGUAGCCAGCAUUGUUACAAUACGAGAGGUUCUUUCCGGUGCUGGUGUGAUAAAGAAUACAUGCUAGACACUGAUGGGAAGACUUGCAAAGUUACAGCAUCUGAAAGUCUUCUGUUACUUGUGGCAAGUCAGAACCAAAUUGUUGCUGACAAUAUUACCUCCCAGAUCCACAAUAUCUAUGCACUUAUCGAGGAUGGCUCUCACAUUGUAGCUGUUGAUUUUGAUUCCGUCAGUGGUCGUGUCUUUUGGUCUGAUGGAACUGAGGGGAAAAUCUGGAGUGCAUUUCAAAAUGGAACAGACAGAAAAGUAGUACUUGACAGUGGUGUCACCAUGACUGAAAGUCUUGUGGUAGAUUGGGUGGGUCGCAAUCUUUACUGGACAGACUAUGUUCUGCAAACAAUUGAAGUCUCUAAACUGGACGGGAGCCACAGGACUGUGCUGAUUGGUCAAAAUGUAACAAUGCCAAGGGGACUAGCUAUAGAUCCCAGAGUUAGUGACCAUCUGAUGUUCUGGUCUGACUGGGGCCAUCACCCCCGUAUAGAGCGAGCCAGCAUGGACGGCAGUUUGCGCACCAUUAUUGUUCAAGACAAGAUUCUAUGGCCCAAUGGCUUAACUAUUGACUACCCCAACAGACUGCUCUACUUCUUGGAUGCCUAUCUUGAUUACUUAGAUUUUUGUGAUUAUGAUGGACAACAUCGGAGGCAGGUGAUAGCCAGUGAUUUGAUUCUGCGGCAUCCCUAUGCCCUAACUCUCUUUGAGGAUUCCGUGUACUGGACUGACCGCGCAACUCAACAGGUUACUCAAGCCAACAAGUGGCAUGGAGGGAACCAGUCAGUUGUAAUUUAUAAUGUGCACCAGCCCCUUGGCAUUGUUGCAGUUCAUCCUUCGAAACAGCCAAAUGGCAUAAAUUCAUGUGCCUUUGCCCGCUGCAGCCAUCUAUGCCUGCUUUCCUCACAGAGGCCACAGCUUUACUCCUGUGCUUGUCCCUCUGGAUGGAGCCUCUCUCAUGAUUCUUUGACUUGCCUGAGAGAUGAUGAACCUUUCUUAAUAACUGUAAGACGCAGUGUAAUUUUUGGAAUCUCCCUUCAUCCUGAGGUGAAGAGCAAUGAUGCUAUGGUUCCCGUAUCGGGGAUACAGAAUGGUUAUGAUGUUGAAUUUGAUGACUCCGAGGAAUUCAUCUAUUGGGUUGAGAAUCCAGGUGAAAUUCACAGAGUGAAGACAGAUGGCACCAACAGGACAGUGUUUGUUCCUCUGUCUAGUUUGGGCUCUUCUAUGAGCCUGGCCUUAGACUGGAUAUCAAGAAACCUUUAUUACACCAACCCUGGAACUCAGUCAAUUGAGGUUUUGACACUCCAGGGAGAUGUCAGAUACAGAAAAACACUGAUUACCAAUGAUGGGACAGCUCUUGGAGUUGGUUUUCCAGUUGGCAUAACCGUUGAUCCUGCUAAUGGGAAACUCUACUGGUCAGACCAAGGAACUGACAGUGGAGUUCCUGCUAAGAUUGCAAGUGCUCACAUGGAUGGCACAUCUCCAAAGACCCUUUUCACUGGAGACCUUGAACACUUGGAGUUUCUCACUCUUGAUAUAGAGGAACAGAAGCUCUACUGGGCCGUCACCAGCAGGGGAGUGAUUGAAAGAGGAAACGUGGAUGGUACCAAUCGAAUGGUUCUGGUAAACUACCUUUCUCACCCUUGGGGAAUUGCUGUCUACGGUCCCUUCCUUUAUUACACUGAUGAGCAUUACGAGGUCAUUGAAAGAGUUGACAAGGCUACUGGGGCCAACAAAGUAGUCUUGCGAGAUAACACUCCAAAUCUGAGGGGACUUCGAGUUUACCAUAGACACAACUCUGCCGGAUCCUCAAAUGGCUGUAGCAACAACGUGCAUGCCUGUCAGCAGAUCUGCUUGCCUGUACCAGGAGGACUGUUCUCGUGUGCCUGUGCCACUGGAUUUAAACUCAAUCCUGAUAGCCAGACCUGCUCUCCCUACAACUCUUUCAUUGUUGUUUCAAUGCUGUCUGCAAUAAGAGGCUUUAGCUUGGAACUGUCAGAUCAUUCAGAAGCCAUGGUACCAGUGGCAGGCCAAGGACGAAAUGCACUGCAUGUGGAUGUUGAUGUGUCUUCUGGAUUUAUUUAUUGGUGUGAUUUCAGCAUCUCAGAGAAAUCUUAUAAUGCAAUCCGUAGAGUCAAACCCGAUGGAUCUGGUUUCACAAACAUCAUUACCCAUGGGAUAGGUGAAAAUGGAGUGCGGGGUAUUGCCAUGGACUGGGUAGCAGAAAACCUUUAUUUCAUCAAUGCUUUUGACUCUGAAGCCCUGAUAGAAGUUCUGCGCAUCAAUACCACCUACCGUCGGGUUCUCCUUAGAGUCAUAGUGGAUAUGCCCAGGGAUAUUGUUGUAGACCCCAAGAAUAGAUACCUCUUCUGGGCUGACUAUGGGCAAAACCCAAAGAUUGAACGUGCUUUUCUUGACUGCACCAAUCGGACUGUGCUUGUAUCAGAAGGCAUUGUCUCACCACGGGGCUUAGCAGUGGACCAUAGCAAUGGCUACGUUUAUUGGGUUGAUGAUACUUUAGAUGUAAUUUCAAGGAUCAAUGCUGAGGGAAAGGAAUUGAAAGUGAUUCGUUAUGGCAGUCGUUACCCAACUCCUUAUGCCAUCACUGUUUUUGGAAAUUCUAUCAUAUGGGUAGACAGAAAUUUAAAAAAAAUCUUCCAAGCUAGCAAGGAACCAGGGAACACAGAGCCACCAGCCGUGAUAAGGGACAAUAUCAAUUGGCUAAGAGAUGUGACAGUCUUUGACCGGAGUGUCCAGCCCCGGUCAGCAUCAGAGGUCAACAACAACCCUUGCUUGGAAAAUAAUGGUGGAUGCCCCCAUCUCUGCUUUGCUCUACCUGGAUUGCACACCCCAAACUGUAGCUGUGUUUUUGGGACCCUGGACCGUGAUGGCAAGAGUUGUACCAUUCCAAAAGAAAAUUUCCUCAUCUUUGCCUUAGAGAAUUCCUUGGGAAGCUUACACUUAGAUCCUGAAGACCAUACCCUACCUUUCCAAGCAAUAAGUGUGGGAGGACAUGUCAUGGCCCUGGACUAUGACAGCAUAAAUAACAGAAUUUACUUCACACAAAAUUUAGAAGCUAGACAUGGCCAGAUUUCCUAUGUCAACCUGAAUGCAGGGAUCAGUUCUCCCACUGUCAUUGUUUCAGAUAUAGGGACUACUGAUGGCAUUGCUUUUGACUGGAUCAAUAGAAGAGUUUAUUACAGUGACUUUACCAACCAGACGAUUAACUCCAUGGCUGAGGAUGGAUCUAAGCGUGCUGUGAUAGCCCAUGUUCCAAAGCCAAGAGCAAUUGUGUUAGAUCCUUGUGGAGGGUACAUCUACUGGAGUUCCUGGGAUACUAAUGCCAAAAUUGAGAGAGCCACAAUGGGAGGAAACUUCCGGGAACCCAUUGUGAACAGCAGCCUGGUCUGGCCCUGUGGGCUCACUGUGGACCAUGAGGAAGAUCUUCUCUACUGGACAGAUACUAGUUUGCGCAAGAUUGAACGCAGCACUCUAAAGGGCAUGGACCGUGAGGUCAUUGUCAGCACAAUCUUGCGUCCUUUUGGCUUGACUCUCAAUGGCCAGUAUAUUUACUGGACUGACUGGUCCACAAAAAAAAUUUACCGAGCUAACAAAUAUGAUGGAUCAGGCCAGACUGCAAUGACCACGAGUUUUCCAGUCCGGCUUAUGGGUGUUUGUGUUGUUGUGAAGGACCACCCACAGCAGUGCAGCAAUCCUUGCGACCAGUUUAACGGGGGCUGCAGCCAUAUUUGUGCACCAGGUCCAAAUGGUGCCGAGUGCCAGUGUCCACAGGAGGGCCACUGGUAUCUGGCCAACAACAAUAAGCAUUGCAUUGUGGACAGUGGUGUACGGUGUGUUGGUUCCAAUUUCACCUGCCUCAAUGGGCGCUGCAUCUUGGAGCAGUGGAAAUGUGACAACAGCAAUGACUGUGGUGAUGGCAGUGAUGAGCUGGAAAAUGUGUGUGCAUUUCACACCUGCCAUUCGACAGCCUUCACCUGUGACAAUGGGCGAUGUGUCCCGUAUCAUUAUCGCUGUGAUCACUACAAUGACUGUGGUGACAACAGUGAUGAGGAAGGGUGCCUGUUCAGUGCGUGUAAUGCCACCACGGAAUUUACGUGCAGUAACAGGAGGUGCAUACCUCUCCAGUUUGUCUGCAACGGCGUAAACAACUGCCACGAUAAUGACACUUCAGACGAGAAAAAUUGCCCUGAUCACACUUGCCAGUCUGGAUUCACAAAGUGUCACAGUACAAAUAUUUGUAUUCCUCGUACUUACCUGUGUGAUGGAGACAAUGACUGUGGAGAUAUGAGUGACGAAAGCCCCACUUUUUGCGCCGUUCACACAUGCAGCAACAAUGAGUUCCACUGCACAUCUGGACGCUGUAUUCCUAGCCGUUGGUAUUGUGAUCAAGAAAGAGAUUGUCCUGAUGGCUCUGAUGAACCUGCCACUUGUGGGUACCAUGAGUCAACAUGUUUGAGUGAUGAGUUCAAGUGUGACAAUGGGAGGUGCAUCGAAGCAGAAUGGAUCUGUGAUAAUGAUAAUGACUGUGGGGACAUGAGCGAUGAAGAUGAAAGACACCACUGUGAGAGUCACAAAUGCUCAGCUUCUCAGUUUCUCUGUGUAAACAAUGUGCCUCCAUCCAGUAGGUGCAUUCCCCAGUCUUGGGUCUGUGAUGGCGAUGAAGACUGUACUGAUGGCUUCGAUGAGCGACAGAACUGCACCCGGGGAUCUUGCUCUGGAAACGAUUUCACCUGUAGUGAUGGACGGUGUGUCCCAGACUCCUACAGGUGUGAUCGGCACAAUGACUGUGGUGACUACAGUGAUGAGAGGGACUGCUCAUACCCUACCUGUGAUCAGAAUCAGUUUACCUGUCAGAAUGGCUUCUGCAUUUAUAAAGCCUACAUCUGUGAUGGGGAUAAUGACUGUGGAGAUGAUUCCGAUGAGCUGGAGCACUUGUGCCAUGUCCCCGAAACCACGUGCCCCCCUCAUCAGUUCAAGUGUGAUAAUGGGAACUGCAUCGAAAUGGUGAAAGUCUGCAACCACCUAGACGACUGUUUAGACAACAGUGAUGAGAAAGGAUGUGGCAUUAACGAGUGCAAUGACCCUUCACUCAGUGGCUGCGACCAGAACUGCACAGACACGUUAACCAGUUUCUAUUGUUCUUGCCGUCCUGGUUACAAGCUUAUGUCGGACAAGCGGACUUGUAGUGAUAUUGACGAAUGCCAGGAGACACCCUUUGUCUGUAGCCAGAAGUGUGAGAACAUAGUGGGCUCUUACAUCUGUAAGUGUGCCCCAGGCUACAUCCGAGAACCAGAUGGAAGGAGCUGCCGGCAGAACAGUAACAUCGAGCCCUAUCUCAUUUUUAGCAACCGUUACUAUUUGAGAAACCUAACUAUAGAUGGCUCCUUUUACUCCCUCAUUUUGCAAGGACUGGGAAAUGCUGUGGCACUGGAUUUUGACCGAGUAGAAAAGAGAUUAUACUGGAUUGAUAUAGAGAAAAAAGUCAUCGAGAGAAUGUUUCUAAAUAAGACAAACAGGGAGACAAUCAUGAAGCACAAACUACCAGCUGCAGAAAGCCUGGCUGUAGACUGGGUUGCCAGAAAGCUUUAUUGGGUGGAUGCUCACCUGAAGUGCCUCUCUGUCUCUGACCUUGAUGGUCGAUACCGCCGCAGGCUGGUCGAGCACUGUUUGGAUGCCAACAACACCUUCUGCUUUGAUAAUCCCAGAGGAAUUGUCCUUCACCCUCAAUAUGGGUAUGUCUACUGGGCAGACUGGACCCACAGAGCAUACAUUGGGAGAGUAGGCAUGGAUGGAAUCAAUAAAUCUGUGAUUAUCUCUACCAAGAUAGAGUGGCCCAAUGGCAUCACCAUUGAUUACACCAAUGAUCGACUCUACUGGGCAGAUGCUCACCUGGGAUACAUCGAGUACUCUGAUUUGGAGGGCCACCAUCGACACACAGUGUAUGAUGGGAUACUGUCUCACCCUUUUGCUAUUACUAUUUUUGAAGACACUAUUUAUUGGACAGAUUGGAAUACAAGGACGGUUGAAAAGGGAAACAAAUAUGAUGGAUCAGAUAGAAUGAUGCUGGUGAACACAACACAUAAACCGUAUGACAUCCAUGUGUAUCAUCCAUAUAGGCAGCCAAUUGUGAAUAAUCCCUGUGGUAUCAACAAUGGUGGUUGUUCUCAUCUCUGCCUCAUAGAAGCAGGAGGGAAAGGAUUCACCUGCGAGUGUCCAGAUGACUUCAAGACCAUCCAUCUGGCUGACAGCACCCACUGCUUGCCCAUGUGCUCUAGCACCCAAUUUCUGUGCGCUAACAAUGAAAAGUGUAUUCCUAUCUGGUGGAAAUGUGAUGGACAGAAAGACUGCUUGGAUGGGUCCGAUGAAUCCCCCAUUUGCCCGCCACGCUACUGCCGGCUAGGACAGUUCCAGUGCAAGGAUGGCAACUGCACCAGCCCACACUUCCUAUGUGACACUCACCAGAAUUGCCCUGAUGGGUCUGAUGAAGACCUCAUUCUUUGCGAGAACCACAAAUGUGAGUCCAAUGAAUGGCAGUGUGCCAACAAACGUUGCAUCCCAGAAGCCUGGCAGUGUGACUCGUUAAAUGACUGCGGGGAUAAUUCAGAUGAAGACAGUUCCCACUGUGCCAGCAGGAUCUGCCAGCCCGGCUAUUUUAAAUGUGCCAAUGGCCACUGCAUCCCUCAGACCUGGAAGUGUGAUGUAGACAAUGACUGUGGCGACUACUCGGAUGAGCCCAUCCAGGAAUGCAUGGGCCCUGCCUAUCGCUGUGACAACCAUACGGAAUUCAGCUGUAAAACAAACUACCGCUGUAUCCCAAAGUGGGCCGUGUGCAAUGGCGCCGAUGACUGCAGGGACAACAGCGACGAGCAGGGCUGCGAGGAGAUGACCUGCAAACCUGUGGGGGUUUUCCGCUGUAAUAAUCACCAAUGCAUCCCUCUUCGCUGGAAAUGUGAUGGGCACGAUGACUGUGGAGAUCACUCAGAUGAGGAAAACUGUGUCCCUCGGGAGUGCACAGAAAGCGAGUUUCGGUGUGAUGAUCAGAGAUGCAUUCCCUCUCGAUGGUUAUGUGACUUUAACAAUGACUGUGGAGACAACUCGGAUGAGCGGGACUGUGAGAUGCGGACCUGCCAUCCUGGAUAUUUUCAGUGUAAGAGUGGACACUGUGUGCCUGAUGACUUGAAAUGUGAUGGAAUGAUCGACUGUUUGGAUGCCUCUGAUGAAGCCGUUUGUCCCACUCGCUUUCCCAAUGGUACAUACUGCCCAGCUGUUAUGUUUGAAUGUAAAAAUCAUGUCUGUAUCCAGUCAUAUUGGAUAUGUGAUGGUGACAACGACUGUGGCGAUGGUUCUGAUGAAGAACUUCAUCUGUGCUUGAGUGUUCCCUGUGAGUCACCACACCGUUUCCGGUGUGACAACAAUCGCUGUGUUUACAGUCACGAGUUGUGCAACCAUAAGGAUGACUGUGGAGAUGGAAGUGAUGAGAAAGUGGAAAACUGUGUAGGCCCGACCCCUAGACCUUGUGCAGAGGAUGAAUUUAAGUGCAGCAACAAGCAAUGCAUUUCACAGCACCUGGCAUGCGAUGAUGUCGACGACUGUGGUGACCAGUCUGACGAAACGGGUUGCAAUGUAGGAAAAGAAAGAUCAUGUGCUGAAAAUCUAUGUGAACAAAACUGUACCCAAUUAAGUGAAGGAGGAUUUAUCUGCUCCUGCAGAUCUGGGUUCAAAGCCAGUAUUUCUGAUAGAAACUCCUGCGACGACAUCAAUGAGUGUGAGCAAUUUGCGACGUGUCCGCAGCACUGCCAGAAUACUAAAGGAAGUUAUGAGUGUUACUGUGCCGAAGGCUUCAGGUCCUUGAGUGGCAUCCAUGGAGAUCGGUGUGAGGCUGAUGGUAACCCUCCUUUGUUGCUACUUCCUGAAAAUGUGCGGAUUCGAAAAUAUAAUCUCUCAUCUGAGAAGUACGCAGAUUAUCUUGAAGAACAGGAACGUAUUCAGGCUGUUGACUAUGACUGGGAUCCUGAGGGCAUAGGUCUCAGUGUCAUAUAUUACACUGUGCUAGGGUAUGGUUCUAAUUUUGGUGCUAUCAAACGUGCCUACAUCCCCAACUUUGAAUCUGGCAGCAAUAACCAUGUGCAGGUGAUUAACCUGGGCCUGAAAUACAUAAUGCAGCCAGAUGGAUUAGCAGUGGACUGGGUUGGAAGGCAUAUUUACUGGUCAGAUGCCAGGAGUCAACGGAUUGAGGUGGCUAAACUUGACGGAAGGUACAGAAAGUGGCUGAUUACCACCCAACUGGAUCAACCAGCUGCAGUGGUUGUGAAUCCCAAACUCGGGCUUAUGUACUGGACGGACUGGGGCAAAGAACCAAAAAUCGAGUCAGCUUGGAUGGAUGGGCAGCAUCGGAACAUCCUGGUUCGCGAGGACCUUGGUUGGCCAACCGGCCUUUCUAUAGAUUACUUGAACAAUGACCGGAUCUACUGGAGCGACUUCAAGGAGAAAACGAUUGAAACCAUAAGAUACGAUGGGACUGAUAGAAGAAUUGUUGCCAGUGCAGCUGUGGAUCCCUACAGCCUCGACAUCUUUGAAGGCCGGUUAUACUGGGUAGCUAAGGAUAAGGGAGAAGUGUGGACACAAGAUAAAUUUGGGCACGAGGAGAAAGAAAGGAGGCUGACUGUGAGCCCUUGGCUCACUCAAGUUCGAGUCCUUCAUCAACAUAGAUACAAUCAGUCAGUGCCCAACCGCUGUAAAAAUGUCUGCAGCCAUCUCUGCCUCCUGAGACCCGAAGGAUACAGCUGUGCCUGUCCCCAAGGCUCCACCUUCUUGGAGGGGAGCAUGACUGAGUGUAAUGCAGCUGUGGAAAAUGCUAUGGUCAUGCCCCCCCCAUGCAGGUGUAUGCACGGAGGAAAUUGCUAUUUUGAUGAGAAUGAUCUCCCCAAAUGCAAGUGUCCCAGUGGCUACAUGGGAAAUUACUGUGAAAUAGGGCUUUCGAAAGGCAUUCCUCCAGGAACAACAAUGGCCGUGCUGUUGACAGUCAUCCUGAUCAUCAUAAUUGGAGCUCUGGCAACAUUAGGAUUUUUCCACUACAGGAAAACUGGCUCCCUUCUGCCCUCUCUGCCCAAGCUGCCAAGCUUAAGCAGUCUUGUCAAAUCCUCUGACACUGGAAAUGGGGUGACCUUCAGAUCAGGGGCUGAUGUUAACAUGGAUAUUGGAGUGGCUGGUUUUGGGCCCGAGUCUGCUAUUGACAGAGCAAUGGUGAUGAGCGAUCACUUUACCAUGGAGAUGGGGAAGCAGCCCAUAGUCUUUGAAAACCCAAUGUAUGCAACCAGGGACAGUGCUGUCAAAGAGGCUCAGCAAAGCCAGGGGCCUCUAAUAUUUACACAGGUGACUGCAUCUGAAAAUGUAGAUAACAAGAACUAUGAAAGUCCCGUGAACCCUGCUGAGGUAGCUCCAGACACAAAGUCAGCUUCUGCAAGUGCUGAUGGAACUCAGGCAACAAAGUGGAAUAUCUUCAAACGAAAACUGAAACAAACUACCAACUUCGAAAACCCAAUCUACGCAGAGAUGGAGGGUGAGCAAAAGGAAAGUGCUGCUGGGGCUCCUCCUCUGCCCCCGUCCCCUUCUCCCCCUACUAAAGCUCAAACGAAAAGGACCCCAGCUCCUGCCUAUUCUGCGACAGAAGACACUUUUAAAGACACAGCAACCCUUGUUAAAGAAGACUCCGAGAUAUAG